AUGGUUGCUAUUUAUUAUCUUCAUGAUAUGUAUUUUACCUUUGCUGUUAUUUUUCGAGUUAUUGUAGGUCUUGGUCAUGGUCCAUUAUUUCCAGCUACAUAUACUUUUUGGUCAAUGUGGGCUGUUCCUUUAGAAAGAAGUACUUUGACAUCAAUUGGAUUUUGUAGUACAAAUUUGGGCACAUCUAUAACAAUGUUAAUUGGUGGUCUCUUUUGUCGUUAUGUUAAUUCAGGAUGGGUUUAUAUAUUUCUUUUAACAAUUAUAUUUGGUUUUAUAUGGCUUCCAUUAUGGAUAUAUCAACGAGAACGAAAUUAUAUAUGUGAACGUAUUGGUAUUAGUAUUGGUAUAAAUAAUAAAGAAAAACGAUCUACUUCAUUUUCUUCUUUACCUUGGAAAAAAAUUCUUCGUUCAAAACCUAUUAUUGCAUUAGUUAUCACACAAUUUUAUAAUAUAUUUGGACUUUUCUUUUUCUAUACAAAUGUUGGUAAAUUAUUAACUGAAAUUCAUCGUAUUCCUGUUCAACAAGCAGGAUAUGUUUUAGCUGGAGGAUUUAUAUUUAUGCCAAUCGUUAGUCUUUCAACUGGUGUUUUUGCUGAUCGUCUCGUACGAACAAAUAUGAUGUCAUUAACUAAUGUUCGUAAAUUAUUUAAUUCUCUUACAUCAUUUAUUCCAGCAACAUUUGUGUUUAUAUUUCUUGUUGGUUCAGCUAUAGCUUAUGGUGCUGGGUAUGUUAUUAACUUUGCUGAUAUAGCUCCAGCUUAUUCAUCAAUUAUCUUUGCUAUAUCAACUGCACUUGGAACAAUUGGUGCUCUUAUGAGUAACAUUGUAGCUGGUCUUAUUAUAAAACAACCAAUUCUUGAAGAUUGGCGAAAACUUCUCUUACUUUUUGCAAUAAUCUAUAUUAUUGGUGGUAUUGUUUAUCUUUUAUAUGGAUCAGCAGUACCUCGAAAAUAG